AUGACACAGAGCCCACAUCCCUGGCCUUGGCCUCUGCUUGUUUUGAUGGCGGCGAUCGGCGAUCGCAUGAUUCACAAGGUGACAGAUGAAGAGUUCGAGAAGACACUCGCACCAAAAGUCAGGGGUAGUCUGGAGAUUUUUGCCACAACCCAGCAAGAGGAGUGGUCAUUGGAUUUCUUUUUGGUACUUUUCCUCGGUGCUUGUCGCGCUUGGCACAACUAUGGCCAGGUGGCCCUACAGAGGACUGAGGAGGCUCUGCACAGUGCAGAUGAUGUUGCUAUCAAAACAAAACGGAUUGGUAGAUUUGGUUCACUGCAAGAUGCUGUCGGGCCACAGAGUAAUGAAGCCAAGCAGAAGUCCACCAUCUGUUCAGGUGGAACUUAUAUCAGAGAGUGA